AUGGAAGUUACCUCCACCAGCAGAAAGAUAAGGAAACCACUGAUGGAGAAGAAGAGAAGAGCGAGAAUCAACGACAGUCUCAAUGAGCUGCGCAGGCUAUUGGCUGAGUCUUCUACUCAGGAAAGUGAAAAGGCUAAGGCUGCAAAACUUGAAAAGGCAGACAUUUUAGAACUAGCAGUAAAGCAUGUCCAGUACCUUCACGACAGACUUGGGCUGAGCGGACAGAAAGAGAAUAAACGAGAUGGAACUGAAGAGAGAGAUUCCCACGAAAACGAGACCAAGAGGACAGUUCUGCGGGAGAGUGUGAGGCUGACUAGACUUCCUAGUGGGGAGGUUGCAUUGAUCAUCUCUACAAGACCUUCCCCACACCUCCAAACACAACCUUCACAACCCAGACUCAUGUGGCGACCCUGGUGA